GCCAAGAUGCGCCAUAACAACAUCGAGUCGAUCAGUGCGAUCACGUACAACCAACGUCCGUCGACGGAGGCGUCGAUGGCGGACGCGAACAACAACCACAACGGGGGCAGUCCGUACGCGGGUCACCCGCUGGCGGCGGACGGUGCCGGAACGCUACCAUCGGAGAUCAAGAAGGACGAAAAGUACUCGCUCCGGCAGCGUCAGUCUCGCCGCACGACGCAGGACGCGCUGACGGCGGCGGGUGGAGGCCGCGGCGGCUCGACGGCCAAAGCGGCCACGGCAGCGACGGCAAGCGCGAGGGAGAAGGCGGCACCAAAGGAAAAGCCCAAACCCAAAGCCGCCCCGCUCAGCAAGUACCGGCGAAAAACGGCGAACGCGCGCGAACGCAGCCGGAUGCGGGAAAUCAACAGCGCGUUCGAGAACCUGCGGCGGGCGGUGCCGGUGGCGGUGGCGGGCACGAGCGGGGCCAGCUCGCCCGUCAGCUCCCCGCAGUGCGCCGGCAGUGCGGCCUCGAGCGAGAAGCUCACCAAAAUCACCACACUCCGGCUGGCGAUGAAGUACAUCCGGAUACUGAGCGACAUGCUGAACGGUGGAGGUGGAUCUCUGGAGAACAACAACGACCGGGACAUGGUCAACCACAACGAGAUCGAACGGGAGGUGAUGCAGAAGGGUCUGCUGCUGAUGGAGGGUGCCGGAGGCUACCUGUCAUCGCCCGCCGUCUCUCCGGUGCGUGCCCCGGUGGAACCUCCCAAGCCUCCAGCCUCAUCCUCAAAGACAACCUCGUCCAGCAGCACGUCCACGACCAAUAGUCCACGGAAGCGGGCGGCCAAACGACCGUCCAGUAGUAGAGCCAAGAAAAGCACCACCAAUACCACCUCUCAGAACACCACCACCACCAACUCCAGUGGAUCCAGGACGGCCCGAAGAACUCUCACCAGUUCACUUGCAGUGGAUAAGAUCCCGGAAACCCUUCCGCUAACGGCACCCAGCUUGCUGGUCGACCCGACCCGGCCAGACCCGCUCGGGAUGGACGUGGACCUGGGGUCGGUUCUCGAGUCCGACAACGACUCGCUCAUCCUCUCCGAGCCCUGCCUCAGCCCACUGACGGCGGGCUCCGUGACCGGAGGUCUGAAGACGCACGGCUUCGGCUGCCCGGACAGCCAAUCGGUGGUACCAAACGACAGCCUGGAGUUUGGACUGUUCCUAGAGUCGGACGCGGACUCGCUGCAGCUUUCCGAGCCCUGCCUCAGCCCGCUCGGUCACCUCGACUCCCUCAAUCCCUUCAACGAGCUACUCCACACCGGCUUCAACGAGCAGACGGCCCUCGAGCUGUACUUAUAA